AUGGGUAGUAAAAUAGAGUAUGAUUUUGAUGGUGAACCAAUAAAUUCUUAUAAAAAUGAAACUCAAUGGUUAGGAAAACCUAUUAAAGUAGUUGGAGAUUAUGAAUUUUAUGGUGGUUUAUUAUUUGAAGAUAAAUUUAAUGGUGGAUUAUUUAUUGAAUUAAUUAAAAUUUAUAGACCAGAAGAGGUUGAUGGUGGUAGAUUAGAAAUUCAUGGUUCAAAAGAGUUAAUUCCAAGUGUAGAUUCAGUGAUAAUGAAUUUAAAUGAAAUUAAAAAAAUGGUUUAUUGUACAGUUUUACCAUUUUCAAGUUAUUUAGAUAGACCAAUAUAUCAUGGUAAUUUAUUUUAUUGUUUAGAUUCUUAUUCAGAUUUAUUAUUAAAUUUUAAAGCAAAAAAUAGAUUAUUAUAUGAAAUUAAAGAUGAAAUUGAUAAUGAUAAUGGUAAUGUUAAUGAUAGUGAUGAUAGUGGUGGUUAUAGUAUUAGCAAUGAUGAUAGUGAUUUUAAUAAUAAUAAUAAAAAAAAUAAAGUAAAAAUUAAAGAAUCACCAAAAACAAAUAAAUUAAUAGUAACAACAACAAAAUAUAAUAAGUAUGGUGAUGAAGAUGAUGAUAGAGAUGAUGGUAUUGAUAGUGAUAUUGAUAUUGAUAAAGAUAAAGAUAUUGAUAAAGAUAUUGAUAAAGAUAAAGAUAUUGAUAAAGAUAUUGAUAAAGAUAAAGAUAAAGAUAAAGAUAAAGAUAAUGAAAGAUAUCAAGAAAUAAAUGACCUCAUUUCACCUUGUAGAGUAAUAAAGAAAAGAAAAAACACCAAUAAUGCCUUUGAUGACGAUGAUGAUGAUAAUGAGCAUCACCAUCAUCAUCCUCAUGAUAAAUAUGAUAAAAAAGAUGAUAAUGAUCAAGUUGAUACAGAAACUCAAGAAGAGAAACUUAAAAUUUUAAAAAGAUUAAAAAUGUUAAGUGAAAGCAGUACUCAAGCAAUUGAAAAUGAUUUAAUAAGUACCCAUAAUCCUCAAAUCGUUACAAAUAAAGCAAUACAAAAACUAUUAAAAGAAAAACAAAGUAAACAAGAAAAAUUACCAACUAAAUCAAGAUUAAAAAAAUUAAAAGAUAUUGAAAAUAGUGAUGAUGAUAAUGAUAAUGAUAAUGAUAAUGAUGAUGAUGAUAUCGAUAAUGAUGAUAAUAACAAUAAUAUUAUUGUAUUGGGUUGGAAAGAACCAAUUCCAAGUUCAUCAAUUCCUGAAGAUGAUGGUAGUGGAUUUGAAAAUAUAGGUGGUGACGAUAAUGAUACUCAAGAUAAUAGUUUUUAUGGUAUUAUUGGUGAUGAUAAUAUUACAAAAAGUAAUAUUACAGGAAUUAAAGAGAGCAACAAAAAAGAUACACAAGAUAAUAGUUUUUAUGGUAUUAUUGACGAUGAUGAUAAUAUUAUUACAAAAAGUAUUAUUACAGAAAACAACAAUAAUCAUACUAAAGAUAAUAAUUUUUAUGGUAUUAUUGAUGAUGAUCAACUAGAUUUUAAUUUCGAGGAAAUUAAACCUCAAAAAGAUAAAGACAAUAAUUUACUUGAGAAACUUAAAAAAAGUAAUAUUGGUGAUACUGAUCUAUUUGAAGUAAAGAAAAAAGAUGAAAAGAUUAGAAUAGAUUAUAACCCACUUCCUAAAUAUUCAACCACUACCUCCACCCCCACAACACCAAUUAAUAUAACAGAAAAAGAUUGUGAUGAUCUAUAUGAAGCAUUGAAAAAAUCAGAAAAGAUUAGAAUAGAUUACAAUUCACGUCCUAGAGAAACUACUACCACCACCACUACUUCCAAUACCAAUGCCAAUACUAAUACCAAUACCACUUCAACCACUCCUAACAAACCAAAAGAGAUGAAAGAAAUAAAUGAAGAUUUUUCUGAAACAAUGAAAAAUAUUAGAAAACAGGAAAAAAGAUGGAGAGAUCAACUAAAAAAAAGAAUGGAAAAAAUAAAAGAUAAAGAAAAAGAAAGUAAAAAAUUUAGAAACGAUUUUGAAAGAAAAGAAAGAGCAAGAAGAUUGUACCAAUUUAGUAAUCAAUCAAAUUAUUUCAUUGAUGAUGAAGAAAGUGAUCAAGAUGAUUUCAAACAAGAAGAAUAUGAAUAUAAUGAUUUCGUUGUAAAUAGUGAUGCUUCUGAUUUAUGUGAAUCAAGUAGUGAAGAAGAAAAUAAUAUUAAUAAUAAUAAUAAUAAUAAUAAUAAUAAUAAUAAUAAUAAUAAUAAUAAUAAUAAUAAUAAUAAUAAUAAUAAUAAUAAUAAUAAAUCAUCUCAAAGAAAGAAUAAGAAUAAUAAUGAUAAUGAUAAAAGAUAUGAUAUUAAUAAUAAUAAUAAUAAUAUAUUAAAUAAUUAUAAUAGUGACAAUGAAAGAGAUUAUGGUAAUGAGGAACCAUAUGAUGAUUACGAUGAUGAUUUUAAUAAAAGUAAAUUGAAUAAAAAGAGUGCAUAUCCUUUUUCUCAAAUUCCUUCUACUCCUUCUCCUACAAAUUCACCAUCAAAAAAGCCUCAUUCACCAUUUUCGCCAUCAAAGAGAUCAUCCCCAUUUUCACCAAAGAAAUUUGUAGAUAUUAGUUCUCAAGAACCUGAUAAAGUUAAAGAGAUGGUAUCAAAACAAUUUUCUAUAAAAAAAACAAUUAGAGAUUCAUUUGAUAUUUUCGUUCAAUAUAUUAUAAGUUGUAUACUUGAUAAGGAAUUUCUAAAAGAAACAAUUCAAGAAAAGGAUGAAUACUUUUUAGAUUCUUUAAAAAGAAUUCAAACUUUAAUAGCAUCAAGAAAGGAAGCAUUGGUAUUGAGUAGUUUUUGGCACGAUAGAUUUUUACAUGAUAUUACUCAUAGACCAUUCUUUAGAUCGAUUGAAAUCAAUUAUGUCGCUGGUGGUCCAUGUGAAUCUUGUAAUAAAUUUAAACAUGCUGCUACAAUUAUCAUAUUUUUAUCAGGUCGUUCUUAUUCAGUCGAUGAUUUUUGGAAUGGUUAUUUUGAAAAUCCAAAACGUUUAAAAGGUACAUCAAAAGAUGAACCUGAUGAAAUUCAAUAUGAAUUGGGUUCAUUUUGUUUUAAACGUGCUCAAUUAUUUCAUCAACUUCAUCAUUAUCCUUAUAAAAUGUAUAGAGAUAUUAAAAAUGAUGUUAGAGCAUUACAAGCUGAUCAUCCAAAUUGGAAGAAUGAAAAAUUAUUAAUUCACAUGUUAGAAUCAAAUAAUAAUAUUAUACCUCAUUACUUUAUGCAAUUAGAAAAUUUAUUAACUGAUGCCGAGGUUUUAUCAAAAUUAUCAAAAACUGGUACUUCUUAA